AUGGCUUCUACAGCUCCUCAGAUCAUCGAUGAUAAGAGCCCUCUGUGCGUCCCCUUCAUCACGGGCCUGCUCGAGAAGCGUAUACGGCAAGAUGGGAGCCGCCCGUUCAUGAUUGGCCUCAACGGCGUGCAGGGCGUCGGGAAAACAACUCUCGUUAAAGCCCUGGCCGAGUCUCUCACGCAGCUUGGUCAUACCACACUUGUCUUCAGCAUCGACGACCUCUAUCUCAAGCACGAGGAUCAGACUGCCCUCGCCCGCUCCCACCCCGACAACCUCCUCGUGCAACAAAGGGGCGAGCCCGGCACUCACGACAUGCAGCUGGCGCAAAGAUUCGUCGACAGCAUCAUUGCCGGCAGGCCAACCAAAGUGCCCUCGUAUGACAAGGCAGCCUUCUCGGGCCAGGGGGAUCGCCUGCCCGAGAGUCAGUGGAAGGAGGUCAACGGCCCUGGCCAGCCAAAAGUCGAGGUGGUGAUUUUUGAGGGAUGGUGUGUUGGUUUCCGCGCCCUGCCAGACCCCGAGAUCGAGUCCAAGUGGAGGGCACCCAGCAGGACGCUUCACAAACACAAACUGGAUCACUUGCUCUUGGUGAAUGAGAGAUUGAGAGAUUACGAUUCCAUAACCAAUCUCUUGGACGUAUUCAUCCACAUCGAUGCUGAGGAUACUCAGUACGUUUACGAUUGGCGCUCGCAGCAAGAAGCCGCUCUUCGCCAGGAACGCGGCACGGGCAUGACCGACGAGCAAGUCGUCAAAUUCGUGGACGGCUAUUACCCGGCUUAUGAGCUUUUCUCGGACAACGUCAGGAGCGGCAUCUUCCCGAACAGCCCAGCUCAUCAAAUGAGACUUGUUGUUGGCAAGGACAGGAGGGUAAAGGAGCACUUCGUCAUAUAA